AGACCGGAAUCCUGUCUGUGCCGAAGUUUAAUGCCAGAUCCGAUCGCGUUGGUACUUGACUUGUGUACGUGAGGUGCUCGGUACCAUGAACCACUCACUGUGUGCGGGAUGUUUCAUUCGCGCUCAGUUUCCCUUUGCUUUUUUCUGUGCGCUCCACACGGUCCAUUUCCAUCUCGCCUCCGUUGCUCUCACACUUUCUGCUUGAUUCGCACGCUGUAAUGUAGCAGUUUCACAUCGGCUCACCUGCAUGGCUGCCUGUCUUCCCGCCUGCACCCCGGGCUAUGUGUGUUUGUGUGUGUGUGUGUGUGAUUUCUCCCUGUGUUCCGCUCGCUGAAAUGCCCACUCCGUUUUAUCCCUCACUAUGUGAGAUGCCUGCUCCGUGUGGCGGGCGAUUCCAGUGAACCCUGACGCCGGGCUCCUGCGCUGUUGCUGCGGCCACCCAUUCCAUCCACAACCCGGGACUCGGCGGUCGGCAGGUUUUUGAAUAUCGCUUAAAUGUUGAGUACCAAUGAGUGAUGACAUCACUUACUGUGUGGCACCUGGCUCAAAGGAGUUCCUGCAGCCAAAGGAAUGAUGAAGCGGAAGUCCGAAGGUGCAUUCUCCGACUCGAGGGUGCUUCAGUGAUCUUGCACCAAGCCCGUGCAAGUUAAGUCAACAGCAGUGCACAGCUUGGAUCAGUGGGGAGAGUGACUAUUCAGAUAUCAUGAAUGAUCAGUUUUGUAUGGGAGGUGAUCAACACUUCCAAGGUCAAGAGUUAUAUGAAGAAAAUGAGCCAACACAGACAGCACGCGCAACACCAAACAGUAGUCUCAGUGCCAACGACAAAGGUUUCCUGCCUACCAUCAAACUGGAGAGCACUCUCCAACUAAAAAGCAACUCCAGUUCCAUUAAAUCUUACGAUGUCUCGACCAGACCGAAAGGGGAACCUAUGACAGCAGCGGAGGCAAAGAAACAUUAUUUACACAAACUCACACCCUAUGAAGAACAGGAGAUAGCUAGCUAUUCAGAAAUCUAUUUUGUUGGACCAAAUUCUAAAAAGAGACCAGGCAUUAUUGGAGCACCAAAUAAUAAUAGCUAUGAUGAUGAGCAGGGUUCUUAUCUAUAUGUGCCACACGAUCACAUCGCUUAUCGAUAUGAAGUCAUCAAGGUAAUCGGGAAGGGCAGCUUUGGCCAGGUGGUGAAGGCAUACGAUCACAAACUCCACCAAUACAUUGCCUUGAAGAUGGUACGGAACGAAAAACGAUUCCAUAGGCAAGCCGCUGAGGAGAUCAAGAUACUGGAGCAUCUGAGGAGGCAAGACAAGGACAACACCAUGAAUGUCAUCCACAUCUAUGAGAGUUUUUCCUUCCGCAACCACAUUUGUAUGACCUUUGAGCUACUCAGCAUGAACCUCUACGAACUCAUCAAAAAGAACAAGUUCCAAGGAUUCAGCCUGCCCCUGGUCCGUAAAUUUGCACACUCCAUCCUGCAGUGCCUUGAUGCCUUGCAUAAGAGCCAUAUCAUCCAUUGUGACUUGAAGCCUGAGAACAUCUUGCUGAAGCAACAGGGCCGGAGUGGAGUUAAGGUGAUCGACUUUGGGUCCAGUUGCUAUGACCAUCAAAAGAUUUACACGUACAUUCAGUCACGUUUUUACCGAGCUCCUGAAGUGAUUCUAGGAGCACGGUAUGGGAUGGGUAUUGACAUGUGGAGUUUGGGCUGCAUUCUUGCUGAACUGUUGACUGGACAUCCACUCUUACCAGGGGAAGACGAGGGAGAUCAGCUGGCUUGUAUGAUAGAAUUACUAGGAAUGCCGUCGAAAAUGCUGCUAGAAUGUUCGAAAAGGGCCAAAAUGUUCAUCAGCUCCAAGGGUUACCCUAGAUAUUCCUCUGUUGUCAUGCUUCCUGACGGGACUGUACAUUUGAAUGGUGGACGGUCACGGAGAGGAAAGAAUCGCGGUCCCCCUGGUCAACGGGACUGGAUCAGUGCUCUCAAGGGCUGUGAUGACCAAUCCUUCAUUGACUUCCUGAAACACUGCCUGGAGUGGGAUCCCACCUUACGCUUGACACCAGCACAGGCCUUAAGGCACCCUUGGCUGCGAAGACGGCUGCCAAAGCCUCCAACAAAUGACAAAGCAACAUUUGUGAAACGCAUGUCAGCAAGUCCUACUGCCCUCAUGGACGCAGUGGCUAAACUACCUCCUACUUCUGCCAACAUUGCCAACAAACUGCGAUCCAAUCAAAAUAACGAUCCCAAUCCCAAUAUGACUCAGAGGACUGUACUCCCAAAGCUGGUCAGCUGAUUGGAUACUUGAAACAAAAAAAAAUCAAAUAAUUAUUGACACUCACAAUAUGAAUUUUUGUGGCAUGCAGUAUACAGGGAACACAAAUUCUUCCUUUCUACAUUCCAACGUGACUUGAAACAACAGGUCUUUUGAUUAUUACUAGGCUGCAAGUCUGCACUGAGUUUGCUCUAGGACUACUAGGCAGCUCCCAUCAAGCCACACUGUACGCAUUGGUUUACACUGUACAAUGACGGAAACUACCCAUUGACGUUCACAGUAAAGCAGUUGGGCUGGAUGCACAAAUGAAAAAGGUGUUCUUUGAUUGGAUUAUUAUUUAUUUCACAUCAGUAAAACCCCACACAAAAAUAGCUGUGUUUUAAUCCUUUGGUCCCCAUAUAUUUGAAGGUCAAAAGUGUCCUUGUAUUCACUGAUGAAACUGCUGUGCAUAAAAGUAGCUUUAAUCCAUUCACAUUUAUUGAAAACAAAAUAACCAUACUCCAUUUAAAAAAUGCUCAUGUUCUUGCAGUUGUCACCAUCAAUAUCCCAUUGUAAACUGACCAUGGGUUGGAUGGCAGUCCAGGUGGACACUUCUAAACACUGCGAGAGUGAUAAAGUGGCCAGGCACACGAAGUGAUGGUGCUGCCCCCAUACUGCCUAGUUCACUAUCUGAUUCAAUUGCUUUGUUCAAGGUGCUGUGUUAAUUUAUAUGCAGGGAAUGCCACUGCCUUGCGGGGUUUUCAAAUGAACUGCAACGUCCUAGAACGUGGGCCAUUUUUCUUAAUUUAAAAAAAAGCUGCUAACGUCAAAACCUGUGGGUAGAUCACCUUAAAUUUUGGCCUUGGCGGAGAGAUAUUUUGCCAUUUAUAUUUUGCGUUUGUGCCCAGGUUGUUUUACUGCUUCAAUUUCUGUUUUAUGAAGAUAUAUUAUCUAUUAAAGAGGAUGACAGAAAGGAACUCUCAUUGGUACCGCUCAGAUAGAGAAAAGAUUAAUCUGUUUAUUUGUUUGUCUAUUAUUUUAUACUUUCGUCUCCUGGUGGCAGGGUGCAGUUGAGGAUGGAAAUUUGUCCCCCGAGAGUGGGUGUGUUUCCCCUGCAGCAAAAAGCUUUAAAUCCACAGAAAUGUCGGUGGAUCAGUAACCUGAUAUGAAGCUGCAAUUUUCCUGAUUAUAAUUUGAUUAUUCAAAGAGAUUCACUAAGUUAAAUAUGUUAAUUGCUCCUUAACAGCCAGUCUGACUGCUGUAUUUGAAUUUAAGCUUAUCGUAGAUUGGUUUGUCAGAACUUAUUCCAACGUAAAAGUGAAGCACAACUGGCAGUACACUACUCAACAUCACAAUUACUAUAUUGAGUCUCUCAAGACAUUGUCGAGAAAGUUCUGUGAGGAUAGAAACAUAGACAUAGAAACAUAGAAAAUAGGUGCAGGAGGAGGCCAUUCGGCCUUUUGAGCCAGUUCAUUGUGAUCAUGGCUGAUCGUCCCCAAUCAAUAACCCGUGCCUGCCUUCUCCCCAUAUUUCUU